UUGUGUUAGACCUGCCACCCAGUGCUGAUCGCUAGAGAUGACCACGUCCGCUGAUAGUGUUUUUGUUGCCCGCUCAGAUGGUAUAUCCGCCGAAGGAGUAAGGGAUCAGUAUGCGGACGGCAAGGCGGCCAAGGUGUGGGAGAUAUUUAUUGGAGAUAAGAAUUCGCGUACAGACAACUACAAAAACUUCCUGAUUGAGCUGCUCCGCGAAAAGGGAUGCAAACGAAUCUUAGAUGUGGCCUGUGGCACUGGAGUGGACUCGAUAAUGCUUCUAGAGGAGGGUUUCGAGGUUGUCUCAGUUGAUGCUUCCGACAAAAUGUUGAAAUAUGCACUGAAAGAACGCUGGAAUCGUCGCCAGGAGGCGGCUUUUGACAAUUGGGUUAUUGAAGAGGCCAAUUGGUUGACCCUCUACGAUGAUAUAAAGGACCAGAUUAAGGAGGGCUUCGACGCUGUCAUUUGUCUGGGCAACUCCUUUGCUCACUUGAUGGAUGGUCACGGUGAUCAGCGAGAACACAAGCAGGCAAUUCAGAAUUUUGAGAAGUGCCUAAGGCCAGGCGGUGUCCUUUUGAUUGAUCAUCGUAACUAUGACAACAUCCUCGAAACAGGAGCAACGCCCGCCAAGAGUAUUUACUAUAAUACCAGCCACACGGCGGACAUUAAGACUUCCGUCCUGUUCUAUUGCGGCAAGCCAUCUUUAAUUUCAAUGGAUUAUCUCAUCGAAGCCAACAAGCUGACCAGCGAAUUCCGCCUUUCCUAUUAUCCCCAUGAAUUGAAGCGUUUCCAGGAAAUCCUUGCUGAAAUCUUCACAAGCCACGCCAAGCACAAAUUGUUCGGCGACUUCAAGGAAAUGAGCCAAACUAAGAAUCCUGCCUUCUACAUACACUUAAUUGAAAAGACUUUGGUUUAAAUUUAAGCAAUUACUUUUCACAUAUAUUCACAUGCAUCUGUCGCCAUCUCUCUGCCUUAUUCACACAUUGCCACACAAAAUAUACUUUGUACUUUGAAAACA